UUUUCACGCCCGCAACUAUUUGUAAAUCACAAGCACUGCCCCUUAAAGAGCGAUUCGCCCGUCUUCUCAUUUCUCAAGGACCAACCUGCAAAGGUGCACGCCUGCGGCCUGCUUGGCAAUCCUCGGCGCGGCGGCGAUGGGCACGGGCUCGUGCUCCACCUCCACCUCCACCGGCGAGAAGAAGGGGGAGGAGUGGGUGCUGAGCCACGGCGACGUCGUGCUCAUCCGCUCCGACCUCGCCAUCCUCCGCGGGCCCCGCUUCAUCAACGACCGCCUCAUCGCCUUCUACUUCGCCCACCUCUCCGCCGACCUCGGCGACGACCUCCUCCUGCUCCCGCCCUCCAUCCCCUACCUGCUCUACAACCUCCCCGACCCGGCCUCCAUCGCCGAGCCGCUCCGCCUCGCCUCCCGCCGCCUCGUGCUGCUCCCCGUCAACGACAACCCCGACGCCUCCGUCCCCGAGGGCGGCUCCCACUGGACCCUCCUCGUCAUCGACAACACCACCAGCCCCUCGGGCCCCCGCUUCGUCCACCACGACAGCAUCCGCGGCGCGCCCAACCUCCCCGUCGCCAGCCACCUCGCCGACGCGCUCCGCCCCCUGCUCCAGAGCGAUUCGAGGAGUAGGGCCACCGUUCCGGUCGUGGAGGGGCCCACGCCGAUGCAGCCCAACGGCUACGACUGCGGUGUCUACGUCAUGGCCAUUGCCAGGGCCAUCUGCGGCUGGUGGAAGAGUGGCCAUGGCGGCCACCGGGGAGGGGAUUGGUUCGAGGCGGUGGGGAGGGAGGUGAACGCCGACAGCGUCAAGGCCAUGAGGGGCGAGCUGCUGCAACUAAUCAACACCCUCAUCCAAGACAAGGCCAAGGCCAGCUCAACAUCCGAGGGCAACAAGACAAGCAACACUGAUUGGAAGAUGCAACAUCAUGAGAAGAUUGCUGCUCUGAAGCCUGUGGCGUCCAGGCCUUUCUCCAGCUUCAGGUCCUUGCCAAAGCUCCUACAAGACUUCACUGCCACCGGUUCCCCACCCAUCACCGUCUUGGAGGAGACAGUUCCAGUUAGGCCAAAGGCCACUCGGUUUCCAUCGCUACCAAGUGAUCUUCGGACAGAAAUGACCGCAACCAUAGAUGCUGGCUCAGAUACCACACAUGAGGAAAUGGAGGUAGAUACAGAGCAGGCCAACUGUUGUGACCAUCUAACAGCAUGCCACACUGCCAAGAAGCCUCGUUUGUCAUUUGAUGGCUACAACUGGAGGAAAUAUGGGCAAAAGAAGGUGAAAAGGAGCGAGUUCCCACGGAGCUACUACAAGUGCACUCAUCCAAGCUGCCCUGUGAAGAGGAAGGUGGAGACAACACUAGAUGGCCAGGUUGCUGAAAUUGUAUACAGCGGCGAGCACAACCACCCCAAGCCUCACCCUCCCAGGAAGCUGUUGUCGCCCACAAGUGAUUGAAUCUUCGCCUUGGAACAGAAGGAAUUGGUAUUAUUGCGAUCUCAUAUAUUAUUGGGAAUCAGUCCUACACUUGUCCCAUCAUACUGUCUUAGUGCAUACGAAAUAGCUUGACUGACUCUAAUUCUUAGGCAGUCACAAAUUAGACCAUUUGUUCUUACCUCAACAAGAGAAGACGAGCCCCUCUUUUUCUUCUUGUUCCCAAUUCGAUCACUAGUGAGCAAGUUGGAACGAAUUGACUAUUUGUGUGAUGAACUCUCUGAGUUAAUUUUCUAUUUUUCA